AUGGGCCGGAUGCCAACGUGGCCUGGCUUCCGCUCUGCUCUGACGCUCGAUAGGCACGCCAGCAGCCCACGCCAAGCAUGCGGGUUCGACUUUCAGGGUCCACUUGCGCAACGUGCUUCGGCUGUUCGAUGCCGCUCGCCUGCUGGAGCCAGAAGGCGUGCCAGAGUGCCUCGCGCCGAGCCAUGCCUGUUGCACUUUCGAUUUAUGCCGCCGGCACGCGGACCUUGCUUUCGGUUUGUUGUCCGAGUUCAAAGCUCUGCCGCGAGGAUUCAAUUCGGACCGGCCAUGUUGGAAUGGCCCGCUUUCUCGUCGAGCUGUAAAGAUCCUGCAGCCCGCAGCCGCUCUACUCCUCCCGCUCGCUUUGAAGACCGCCCGCGCCAGAAGAAGCGGGAGCUUACAGCAGUCGAGACUCCGCCGACACCCUGGAAUUGA